AUGCCCUCGCGUCCUUCGACAUCGGACAUGACGACGCCUUCAGGACGCCUUCUGGACGCCCUCACCCCGGCCCCAGCAGCCGCGGACGACGACGGCAUGCCGCAAACGCGGCACCCGGCCGCGGGCUUGCUCUUUGUUCUCUUCGUCAUCUGGCUGCUCUUCCCGGAGGGCGAGUACCAGAACCAGACGCUCGCCCUGUCCGACGUUGCCGCCGAGCGCCUCUCGAGGUACCGCGACGCACUCACCGUCCUCAACCACACUCGCUGGGGCGACUUCGCACCGCGCGCGGCCGAUGCAAAGGUCGAUGCCCCCGUGGCCUACGUCAACCUCACAGGCUUCCGCGAGAUCGAUGGCUUCGCCUGGGAGGACCUGGAGGCCUUUCGGCAGAAGGCGCUGAGGCUGAGUCGACACGCCGUGCCGCCCAUCAACGGCCAGCAGCUGUGGGACACGGCCGAGGGAGCACCCCUGUGGGCCAACGCCUCGGGCACGCUUCACGGAGAGUGGGAGCGUCGACCGGGCUCGGUGCCCCGAACCUUUGGCAGCUACAACCUCAGCCGAAGCGUCCCCGGCAUGGACUGGGUGGGCCACAGGGUCGAGUGGGCGCGCAACAUCACUGGCAAAUCGGGGCGUAUGAUGAUCCGGCUGGAGGGCAACAAGACGGUUACGACGUACGACUCGCUCGCCCAUAGCAGCGUUCCGCUGACGGGAGGCAAGAUCCGAAACCUCCGAGGCGUCGCCACCAUCGAGGACACGACCGGCUCCGGCCUCAACUGGGAGAUGCGUCUAUGGGGCGUUCACUGGCCGCGCCAGGGCGUCGUCCUCAUGGCGACGACGAGCGAGAAGUUUGAAGGCGUCUUUGGGCUGCCGCACCUCGCGCCCAGCGAAGACUUCUUCCGCUCGAGCCAGAUGCUGCUCAACGAGACGCUGCAUCGCGUCAUGAGGAAGAAGCAGAGGAACAUUCUCGUCGACCAGAACAUGCCGUGGAACUCGGACAUGGACAACCCGCUCUACACGACCCAUCCCUCGCCUCACUGCGAGUUCGUCCUGUACGCCCAGGUGCACCCGCCCCUCCUCCUGGAGGGUCAGGGGAAGAGCCUGUCGGCCCUGGAGGCGGACCGUGUCAUCCGUGCCAUCGAGUCGGAGCUGGAGAACCCCCUCGGUGCGCCCAUCUCUGCCGUUCCAAGGCUGCAGAUGUCGGCCGUCAUCCACUCGCCCGACUGCGGCUUCUUCCUCGAGACCAAAGGACCGCCCGACUACCCGCCCGGCGAGGCAAAUCACCUGGUUGGCAUGAAGUCGGAGGUGCACACGCACCAGGUGAAGACUUGGAUGCUCAUCUACGCCCUCGUCGUCUUCACCCAGGUCCGCCUCCUCAAGAAUCAGAUGAAGGAAUCGUCGACGCCGUCGACCAUGGGCCGAGUCAGCUUCUGGACCGUCAGCGCCAUGGUCAUCGUCGACGGCAUGACCUUUACCGCCGCCGCCACCUGGGUUUCCUCGGCCGCCGCCACCUUCCUCCCGACGCUGGCACUGAUGUUCGUCUCCUUUCUGUCCAUGACCAUUGGCGGAAGUUUCCUGGCCAAGAUGUUCGAGGUGCAGAUUCCGGAGAGCCGUGUCCAUCGUCGUCGUGCAUCGAGCAAUCACACGAGCGACACCGCGAGCACCACGCCGUCGGCGCCCCCGACGCCCAGCGCGACAGGUCCGAUACUCCCCGGUCCCGUAACCACGAGCCGACCGCCUGGACAAGAAACCAUCAUCAUCCCCUCGGAUCAAGACAUGGACGCCGAGAUCGCCUCCGCCGCUUCCGCCGUGCCCCGCCCAAGCGCCGCUGCCAUUCCAGCCCAGCCCCAAGCCGAGCUUCCAAGACGGACCCAGACCUUCCAGGCCCUCGUCGGCCGCUUCAUCCUCUUCAGCCUCUGCAUUUCCUUUCUCUCCAUCUCGUCCACGACAUGGUACCCGCGCCCGCGGUCCCUUUUCCUCAACGCCUGCACCUUUGCCUACCUCUCCCUCUGGCUGCCGCAAAUUUACCGCAACACCCUGCGCAACUGCCGCCGUGCGUUGCGGUGGCAGUUCGUCAUAGGCCAAUCCCUACUGCGUCUCCUGCCCGUCGCCUACUUUUGGGUGAAGGAGGACAACUUCCUCUACGCCCGCACCGACCGCGGCGUGUUUGUCGUAUUCUGCGCCUGGCUUUGGAUCCAGGUCUGCCUCCUCGCCGCGCAGGAAAUCCUGGGCCCGAGGUUCGGCGUCCCCUCCGGCUGGACCCCCGAGGCCUGGGACUACCAUCCCGUCCUCCGCGAAGACAGCGUCGAAGCCGGCGGCCUGCCGAUCGGCCUCACCGGCGACGACUCGGGCGCCCGCAUGCGCCGCGGCAGCAGCUCCAGCGCCGAGAAGCGCGGCGCCGUCGGCGGCCUCGCGGGAAGCAGUGUGCGUGCCAUCGACUGCGCCAUAUGCAGAGAGGUCCUCGAGGUGUCCGUCAUCGGCGCCGGCGACGACGAGGGUAGGGUGGCGACCGUCUUCGCCCGGAGGCUGUACAUGGUGACGCCGUGCCGUCACAUCUUCCACACAGCAUGCCUGGAGGGCUGGAUGCGUUUCAGGCUGCAGUGUCCCAUAUGCAGGGAGGAACUACCGCCCGUUUGA